CAGCCCUGGAUAGUACCUUCCUCGUAUAAAAACAAAAUCCCAACCGCCCCCCAAUCAUCGGCUCCUAAAUAUUCUGACCCUCAUUUCCAUCCCAAAAAAAGCAUAAAACCCACGGCCCAGAUCGCCGGCACCCAGUUCCCUCGAGAUCUCUGCCAGAAAAUCCAGCUCUGAUUAUUACCCUUAAAAAAAAAACACCCUUCUUUUCUUUCUGUCUUGGCUUUAAUGCAUAACCCUGGAUUCCUCUUCGGGUUUUAAAUUAGGGAUCCGAAUUCAUGGGGGCCCUGUCGAAUCCGACGGUCAGCGAUGCGUCUUCAACCCCGCGUCUCUUAAUCAUUAGCGUAAAGGCGGAGUCUUUCUGUUUCUGAGGCCUCUGGGGGGUUUCGAUUCGAUUAGGGAUUCGACUUUUUUUUCUUCUUUUUUUUAAAAUUGAAUUGGGAAAGAUGAGCGUGACCAAGUCUCAGGUUUGGCAGCCGUGCAAGAAGAAGAGGUUGAUUUUUUGAUCGGAAAAAGAGAGAGGAGGUUUCUAGAGAGAGAAAGUGGGAAGAUUGUGAGAGAGAGAAGGGGGGCGGAGAUAUAGAGAUUGGUGAUGGCGACGAGGGCGGGCAAUACUCCGAGUCGGACUCGGGUCGGGAGGUACGAUCUGGGUCGGACCCUAGGGGAGGGCAAUUUCGCCAAGGUCAAGUUUGCAAGGAACAUCGAGACUGGUGAGAAUUUCGCUAUUAAGAUUCUGGACAAAGAGAAGGUCCUCAAGCACAAGAUGAUCGGCCAGAUCAAACGAGAAAUAUCAACGAUGAAGUUAAUUAGACAUCCCAAUGUAAUCCGUAUGUAUGAGGUGAUGGCUAGCAAGACAAAAAUAUACAUCGUUUUGGAGUUUGUGACUGGUGGAGAACUAUUUGACAAAAUUGCAAGUAAAGGAAGAUUGAAAGAAGAUGAAGCAAGGAAGUAUUUUCAGCAGCUUAUAAAUGCAGUGGAUUACUGCCAUAGCAGAGGUGUUUUCCAUAGAGACCUGAAGCCCGAGAAUUUGCUGCUGGAUGCUAAUGGAGUGCUUAAAGUUUCAGAUUUUGGGCUCAGUGCGCUGCCUCAGCAAGUUCGAGAAGAUGGAUUACUUCACACAACAUGUGGGACACCAAAUUAUGUUGCCCCUGAGGUCAUCAACAACAAAGGGUAUGAUGGAGCAAAGGCUGAUCUAUGGUCUUGUGGUGUGAUUCUUUAUGUCUUGAUGGCUGGCUAUCUGCCUUUUGAAGAUUCCAAUCUCAUGUCAUUAUAUAAAAAGAUAUUCAAGGCUGAGUUCUCAUGUCCUCCAUGGUUCUCCUCAAGUGCAAAGAAGCUAAUUAAGAGAAUCUUGGACCCUAACCCCUUGACACGAAUUACAAUUGCUGAGGUCAUUGAGAAUGAGUGGUUCAAGAAAGGGUAUAAAGCACCUAAUUUUGAACAAGUUGAUGUUAGUCUCGAUGAUGUGGAUGCGAUAUUCAAUGAUUCAGGGGAUACCCAGAACCUUGUAGUUGAGAAGCGAGAGGAAAGACAUGUGCCUGUUACCAUGAAUGCCUUUGAGCUUAUCUCUACAUCUCAGGGCCUGAAUCUCAAUAGUCUUUUUGAGAAACAGAUGGAACUUGUUAAACGAGAAACAAGAUUCACAUCCAAACGUCCUGCUAAUGAGAUUAUUUCUAAAAUUGAGGAAGCUGCAGCACCAUUGGGUUUUGGUGUGAAGAAAAAUAAUUUUAAGUUGAAGCUUCAAGGUGAAAAAACUGGACGUAAAGGUCAUCUAUCUGUUGCAACAGAGAUUUUUGAGGUGGCCCCUUCACUCUACAUGGUUGAAGUUCGCAAGUCAGGGGGAGAUACUCUGGAAUUUCACAAUUUCUACAAGAACCUUUCCACGGGGCUGAAGGAUAUUGUCUGGAAGUCGGGAGAUGAGUCAAGGAGGGAAGCAGAACUUGGUUCUGGUUCUGGUGCUGGUGCUGGUGCUGGUGCUGGUGCUGGUGCAGGUGCAGGUGCAGGUGCAGGCGCAGAAUUCUACUUUGUUCGGCAGGCAAAGUUUGACCCCAACGGGGUGCCGUGGGUCCAAGCCUUGACAAAGCAGAAGUCUGACCCGAACCCAAAAACCCGACCCGGAUUCGGGGCGAGAACCCAAAUGAGAGAAGAGGUCAUCAGCUCCGGAGGGACCAUUGAUCCUACUCCUGCUGCCAGUUCGGCAGGGGCGUCUUCGCCGACCGUGCAUGGAAAUGUGGGGAGUGUGGAUGGGUCUGUUCAUGGACAGGGCUCCAAAGGAGCAUCUAUUUCUUGUGUUGGUUCGCAACCUCCGAUGACUUCUUUGAGCACCAGUGCAGGUGCUGGUGGUGGAAGGGGUAGUUCUAUUUUUGGGUCUUCAAGACUGUCGUGUAGACCUUGGGAAAGAGGGGACUUGCUGCGCCGGUUAGCUACUUUUAAGCCCUCACAUUGGUCCGGAAAACCCAAGGUCAUCGGUUCAUUGGCUUGUGCUAGGAGAGGUUGGGUGAAUGUUGAUGUAGAUAAAGUUUCAUGCGAAUCAUGCGGAGCAUACCUUACUUUCACUUUGUUGCCGACGUGGACUCCUGACGAAGUUCAAAAUGCUGGGGAAGCCUUUGUCAAACAGCUGGAUUCCGGGCACAAAGGUGCUUGUCCCUGGAGAGGAAACAGCUGCCCAGAAAGCUUGGUGCAAUUCCCUCCUACUCCUCAGUCUGCCUUAAUUGGUGGGUAUAAGGAUAGAUGUGAUGGACUUUUGCAAUUUCACUCGCUCCCUAAGGUAGCUGCCUCUGUAAUUGAGCAAAUAUGGGUUUCUCGGGGUCCACAGAUUGACCGUCUUCUGUCCCAGUCCCAGAAUUUUAUGGCAGGAGAUGUAGAUAUUAAACCAGAAAGUAUACCAGAAUUCGAAAGCUCUCGAGAUGGAGCAAUCUGUUUAUAUUCUCGUGCACAGAGGCUUAUAAGUCUUUGUGGAUGGGAACCAAGAUGGCUUUUGAAUAUUCAAGACUAUGAGGAACAUUCCGCCCAAUCAGCUAGAAAUGGAUAUUCUCUCGGGCCUAGCUAUGCCCAGGUCCAUCUUUCACAGGAUCCUGGAGCAAGCAAGAAAGCUAUUUCAGCUUCUGCUAGAAAGGAUAAUGGAAAGAGUAAAGUUUUAGUUAAGGAAUCCAGAGGUGAUCUCAGGUCACCUUUGCUGGAUUGCAGCUUAUGUGGUGCUACAGUCAGAAUUUUGGAUUUCUUAACCGUUCCUCGACCUGCACGUUUUUCUCCGAACAACAUUGAUAUUCCUGACACAAGCAAAAAGAUGGGAUUGACACGUGGUGCAAGUGCAGCCAGUGGAAUUAGUGGUUGGGUUGCUGCCGACGAUGCAAAAGAACAUACUGAAGACCGUGAUGAAGUAGCAACAACAACUGAGGGGAAUUUGAUUCCAAAUGCAGAUGUUGAUUUGAAUCUUACAAUGGCAGGGGGUUUAACUUUUAACCGGUUCGGCAGAGCAGGAAUGGCUGAUAAUAUUAAUGAUGCAGAUAUGGGCAGAGAUCUAAUGAUUGGGCAGCCACAAGGCAGUGAGGUUGGGGAUCGUGCAGCUUCAUAUGAAUCAAGGGGUCCCAGCUCUCGUAAACGGAGUUUGGAAAAAGGAGGCAGCUCUGUUGAUAGGCCACAUUUAAGGACGCAGCAGGCUGAUAGUGUUGAAGGAACUGUCAUUGAUCGUGAUGGUGAUGAAGUUACAGAUGGUAGACAAGAUUCAGCUGGACCUUCAAAACGAGCCCGCGAUUCAGAUUUUGUAGAUACAUACUGUUCAUCUGGUGCCGGUCCCAGUCAUUCGAUGGGUCUUGAAAUUUAUACGGAGGGUAAUAGAGGUGCUUCAUUUCCACAAGGAAGUGACCAAUACGUUGGAAUCCAUUCGACUAGGGAUUCAGCGCGUGCAUCUUCAGUCAUUGCAAUGGAUACAAUUGGUCACAGUUCAGAUGAUGACUCUAUGGCAAGUGUUGAAAAUCAUCCGGGAGAUAUUGAUGAUAUUCAUUUCCCCUCAUCUAGUACAUAUGGAAAUCUGGACAUGAAUGAGACAUCAGAAGUGAAUUAUAGUAAUCAAGCUCAACAGAGCAUUGGUUUUCAACCAGUUGCUGAUGUAGUUCCUGAGGAAAUGGGUGUUAGUAGUACUAAUGAUGGGGAAGAAAUCUUCAACGCUGAAACUUUGACUGCUCAGGCCCGGGAUGGGUUUAGCUUUGGGAUGAGUGGAGGGAGUGUUGGAAUGUGUGCUAGUCAUGAAGCUGAGAUUCAUGGGGCUGAUGUAUCUGUUCAUAGAGCAGAUAGUGUAGUUGGUGAUGUGGAACCCAGAACAGAAGAUGCUGAGAAUCAGGGCCAGACAGGCGAAUCUGCACCAGAUCCUGGACUGAUGGAUGAAAUUGUCCCUGAUGAAAUAAAUAGGGAAGAUCCUCAAGGUGAUAGCCAGGAGAUGCUAUCUCGAUCUGUAGGGAGGGCUGAUAGUGGCUCAAAGAUUGAUGGUUCUACCAAGGCUGAAUCUGUGGAGAGUGGUGAAAAAAUUAGUCAAAAGUUAGAGAACAGUGCCCGCCCUUCUCUUUCAUGCAAUGCUAAUGUAUACUCUAAUUAUGGAACAACCAAGAAAGUGGUAAAAAAUGCUGGCAAGUCUUCAUUUACAAAUAAUUGUGUGUACCAAGAAUCAGAGUAUGCAGUUGCCAAUGGAAUAGGACCUCCAAAAGGCGAGAGCAAUUAUGAAGAACCUAUGGAGUUUGAUCCAAUUGGCCAUCACAACCAGUUCUGCCCCUGGGUCAAUGGGAAUGUUGCUGCUGCUGGCAGCAGUAGCUGUGGCCCCGACACGAAUGCUGAUGUUGUUGCUCUUUGUGGGUGGCAGCUGACCUUAGAUGCCCUUGAUGCUUUGCGUUCCCUGGGGCAUGUUGGAAUUCAGACAUUAGAGUCUGAGUCAGCAGCAUCGCAAUACAAGGAUGAUCACCGAAAUCCUGGCAAGAAACUCCUUCGACACCAUUCUAUGAGUCGAAGCCAUGGGCAAUAUUGAGAUGAAUGGAGGAUCAGAAACCUCAUUUGAAGUUGAAAGGAAAUUCAAAAGCGUGCUUCACUAGUUGCAACUGGAGCUGGUGCUGGGUAGAGUAUCGGCAGUACUCCUUCCCUUUUUAUAGUGAUGUAGAUUUCUACAAUUGUUGGAAUCGUAGAUGCAUUUUCAUGCAGAGGCGUUUAACUUCCCGUUAUAAUUUUUUCCCUAAAUUUAAGAUUUCUACCUGUUAUCUAGGAAGUUGUUUGAGGGAUGAACUAAUCUUAUAAUAUCGAACAUGUAUGAACAAUUGUUGUUCCCUGCAACUCGCUCUAAUGUUAUUGUUAACAGUGAUGAUGUGAGGUGAGAUUUUUUUUUAUCUUUUUUGGUCAGUAGAUUCUACUGUACAUGGGAUGUGAAUUUAUAUCCUUGUUUAUGCUAAACCAAUUAUGUAUUUGUUCCUA